AUGUCGUCCUCUCCAGGUGCGGCUGCAAAGCCGGAAAAGACCAUGUCGUCACGUCUACUCACAAUGAAGUUCAUGCAACGCGCCGCGGCAACGGCAGCUGCCAAAGAAUCCCAGUCGGGAUCCGACGAUUACUCGCCCACUCCGAAACGUGCCAGGCUAUCAACUGACGCCCAGAGCCCUGGAACACCGCGAACACCGCAGGCAGAACUCGACGCGAUCAAUGCAGCUCUAAAAGCAGAAGAGGAAAAGCGCCGGGAAGCAGUUGCACGACAGGCUGCCGAAGCGGGUGAGACUGAAUGGGUGCUGGACAUCCCCGCUGCCUCUUACCCUUCACAGCCUAUGGUGGUAGCAGCGGAUUCGUUGGAUACUGAAGGUGAUACUCUGCGCGGAGGUCGUCAGUCCUUCGGCAACUUCAAGCGCAAGCCGAAAUACGUACAAACCCAAACAGAAGACGGAGAAGAUGACGAGGAGGAUGAGGAGGAUGAAAUGAUGGACCCGGCAGACCCAGCCGCGGUGGAAGCCAUGAUCCAGAAGCAGAGGGCCAAGGCUGCGGCUAGGGCAUUGAGAAAGAACAAGACGGACAAUUUUAAGCUGUCCGAUCUGACGAGUAUCUCUGGUGGAGGUGGCCGCAACCAAGUACCGCAAAGAUCUUCGUCUCAGAAGAAGCAAAAGAAUAAGAAGAAGCGCAAGAGCAAUUGA